AUGGGUGACGAGUAUGAACAACUAGGACCACCACUCGGAGCUAUUCCACCGCCGCCACCCCCUGCUUUUGAUGAACAAGGCUUCCCACCACCCCCACCACUUUUACCACCGCCACCACCACCACAACUACAAUUACAACCACUACCACCUCCUCCUCCUCCUCCACCACCACCUCCACUACCAUUACAACCACUACCUCCGCCUCCUCCUCCUGUAGCGCCCCCUCCUGCGGCAUCAGGUGAAAGGAUGAACAAAUCUGCAGCGCGCUUAUCAGCAGAAAGGACAAAGUAUGGCAAGAUAUGGUCUUUGACCAGAACUUUUGCCUGA